GCAGGAAUUCAAAUUGGCCGGAGAUUGCCCUUGGCCGUUCUGAUCUUCCAGCAUCCCAGCAAAGUCAAGGAAAACUCCCAUCUCCCGUCAUUAGUGUUGGUUGAUAUUAAAAAGGAUUUCGUGGAUCAGGGAGCACUGUUCUUCGCCAUGUCCUUGGCUGACUGCUGCGCGGUGACUGUGCCGCGCCCCGCCCCUGCUUCGGACGCGGAUGUGGGGGCUGCUGCAGAUUUGCUAGCUCGCUGCCAGCAGACCAGUGAGGACCUCGGCAAGCUGGUCCGAGAAGAGCAGGAGUUGCUCUUCAAUCUUUCCGUGCAGCUGGACAGGCUGCGGUGCGCUCCCAGGGAGAACCUGCCUCCCGCAUCGAGGACGAUGCAGCCCUCGAGCCGUGCCCCGUUAAAGGAUAGCAACAACUAUCAUCCCAGUCCAGUCGAUCCUGGAGGACCAGGAGAGCGGAAAACGUCACGCGAAGUGCGCUUUGGUCGUCGCAGCUGCGGGCCACAAGCCUCUGAAAUCCCGUCUCCUUUGAUGGUGCUGCCUGUGAAGCCAGAAUCUACUGUGGAGACCAUGCGGCCCAUUCAGCCGGAGCAAACCUCCAGCCCUCCAAGGGGCCGCAACAGGAUUCGCGGGGACUGGUCCAAGGGGAGCGCGGCAAGCCAGCUUCCCAACGAGGGCGUCACCAACACCUACUCGAUCAACGGCAUCAGCAAGCAGCCCAUUCAACUUUUCCGCAAUUCCUUCGCGGAGUUCGUCAGGUCAAACUUUGCCGUAACGGAGCAGCAACACACCUGCUGCAGCCGAAUGAUUGCAUCAUUCAUGGUGUUCUGUGCAUGGCUGAUGGAGCAGAAGGAGCCGGAGCGAACUGGGUGCCUGGCCCGCGUAGUGGGCAGCGCCUAUUUCGCCUUCGUGUCCACGUUGGUGAUCCUAGCGAACGCAGUCUUCAUCCUUUACGCCACGGACUAUGAGAUGCAGCAUCUCAGCAAUCCAACAAACCUUCAAAUACGGUCCGUCGAUGCCUGCCUUGCUGGCAUUUACGUUGCAGAAGUUCUGUUGAAGAUCAUCGUGCACAGAUUGUUCUUCUUCUGGAACAGCGAGUGGAGAUGGAACCUCUUCGACUUUUUCCUCGUAGUGUUCGCAAUUGUGGAGAACAUCUUGGCCAAUGGAAACCAGGACACAAGUGUCAACCUGGGCUUCCUGAGGCUUUUCCGCCUCUGCAAGAUAGUGAAGAGCCUCCGCCUCUUCCGCACCUUGAAGUUUUUCAGUGAGCUUCGGCUUAUGCUGGACUGCAUGAUUGGUUCCUUGCUGAAUGUGAUCUGGUGCGUCAUCAUGUUGCUUUUCGUGAUGUAUGUCUUCGCGCUCCUUGUCCAGCAGCUCCUGGCUUCGUAUCUCGUGGAUGAUGGCGGACGCGAGAGCCCUGAGGAUGUCCAAUUGAUCUACAGCUUCUUCGGCUCCGUGGGCAUGACCUUGGUCACCCUCUUCCAAGCGAGCACGUCCGGCGUGGACUGGAGGGACCCGUACAAUGUACUGGCUGUGUCUGGGUCAGUUUUACCCGCUGCCUUCCUCUUCUAUGUAGCCUUUGUCUUCAUAUCUGUCUGGAGCAUCAUCACCAGCACCUUUGUGGAGAAGGCACUCAAGCUGGCCCAACCGGAUAUCGAUCUGCUCGUCAUGGAGCAGCAGCUCCAGGACUACGAAGACACGCAGAUGUUGGCCCAACUCUUCGCCCAGAUGCUUCACACGGAUGAGGAUGGUCUGCAACGUGUUGGGCUGGAGGAGUUCCGGCACUUGGUGGAGAACAGCGAGUUCCGCUCCUACUUGCAGACCAGGGAUGUUGACAUCAAGAACGCUGAGACGUUUUUCAAGAUGCUGGUGGAACUGCAUGGAGAGCCCACCAUCGAUGCCGUAACAUUCGCAAACGCUUGUGUGCGCAUGAAAGGUGCUGCAACGAGCAUCGACCUGCAGACAGUCAUGUACACUACGCAUAUGAUGAACAAGGAGCAGCGCCGUGCUUUCCAGUUUAUGUACAGCCGUUUGAAAUCAAUCGAGUCCAUGAUCCGUAACGAUGGCACGCCAGCUGAAGAACACGACUGGCCGUACGCGACCCCCGUCCC